AUGGAGCAGCCGGAUGGGGAAGAAUGGUGCGCUUACCACCAAACAACAGGCCACGAUACAGAGGAAUGUCGUGAUUUGCUGCGCGCGGUAGAGCGAUUAAUAGCGGUAUGGGAACUAAUCAGACCUCAGAGGGAUGGGGCCUUAACGACUAAGGAGGUGAGCACGAUUGCAGUAGGAUUUGGUGGAGGUGGAGUCACUAGUGCAGCAAGGAAGCGAUACGCCAGGGCGGUGAACACGGUCAUAGAGAAUCCUUUUGGUUUUUCACACCCGGACAUUAGAUUUUCGUCCGCGGACUUCUGCGGAAUCAAGCCACACCUGGAUGAUCCGAUUGUGGUCCCACUGCGUGUCAACCAACUCAAUGUGCGGCGAGUGCUUUUGGAUCAAGGAAGUUCGGCGGAAAUCAUUUACGGUGAUGCGUUUGAACGGUUCGGUUUGAAAGAAGAAGACCUCACUCCCUACGCGGGGACUCUUGUGGUGUUCGCGGGCGAGCAAGUAUGGGUAAGGGGCGUUCUCGACCUUGAUACUACAUUUGGUGAAUUUGAGAACGCCAAAACAGUGAAGGUGAGAUACCUAAUCCUGGGGGCGGUGGGAUCUUACAACAUGAUAAUCGGCUGGAACACCUUGAAUCGUCUAUGCGCCGUGAUCUCAAUAGCACAUCCGGCGGUCAAUUAUCUGUUACCAAAUGGGCGAAUUGGAAGAGUUGUUGUGGACCAGAAGAGUGAAAGGGAAUGCUAUUGCAACGCGGUGGAACGAUAUGGGAAAAAGAGUGCUUCGACAGGACAUCGAUGCAACGAGGUCGACGUGCCAGAGGAAGACCUAGAUCCGAGAGGCGAGAGACGAACCGGGAACACGGGAAACAAGUUAAACUCGAUUUGGGAGGGCCCUUACAGGAUUUUGAAGGUAUUGGGGAAGGGGGCCUAUCACCUAGAAAGCUUAGAUGGGAGGCGGGUGCCACGGUCUUGGAAUGUGGCGAGUCUGAGGUACUAUUAUAGUUGA